AUGCCUCGAAGGAAAGGUGCCUGCUUGGGCAAUGCUGCGGCGCAGCAGGACCAAGCCUCCUCUGAGAGAAGCAUCGCCACUGAAAGGAUCUUGCGUUCCUUGCUGGCUUUUCUUCCUGCUCGGCUGGGUGUUUACCCUUCUCUUCAUGAGAGAGGCCUCGAAGCUGCAGAGGGCGGCUUCGAGCCCAGGGGCCGAUACGAAGUGAUGACCCAGGGCACCGACAUCUUCUCCUUUGAAGAUCCCGCCGUGGAGACCGACCUCAAGGCCACGCUGGGCCCGGCGCCAUGGGAGUUGCUGCAGUCGGGGCCUUGGCCAGCGCCCGAAGAGCUUUGGCCCGAACCGCGGCGCUGGGAUGCGGUCUACAAAUCACGGCCUUUGAGCCCACGCAGCCUGACCGUCUUGCAUGAGUUUGCAGGCCACAAGGUUUGUCAUUGCCAGCCUGCUUCUGAUGCCUCGGACCUCGACGGGUCCCACCAGGAGCCGGAGCGGCUGAGCGAACCGGAGCCCCAGCCGGGGCCAGCCGAGGUGGAAGCACCGAAGCUAUGGAGACCCGUUGCCGACCGAGAGUUGGAGGAGGCCGAAACAGCUGUCCGUGAAGCCACCUUGCAGAGAUUGGAGACCGAGGUGAGCCUGUUGAACACCGAGAUCCAGGACUUGCAGCAGGAGGGCACGCAGCUUCGACUCCGUGCGCAGACCGCCGAGGCGUCGAAGUAUGACGGGCAUCUGCAGCAUCUCGCUCGCAUGCUUCUGGCCAAAGCACUGAGCCUCUUCUGCCGCAGGGAAGGAAGGUGUCGAGACAUCGAGUGCCCGGGGCCUACACCCAAGAGGCGACAGCAGCCUUUGUACCUAGACUUCUUGCCCGCCUUCAUCAGUGUUCUGUAUGAGGCGGUGGAAGAGAACGGAAACAUUUUAAAUGACGACAUCAUCCAGAUCAUCUUUGAUUACGAGAGGGAGCUCUUCACGGACGUCGGAGGUGCUGAGUUGGACUACGAGGGUGAGAACAGGCCAUCUCCGUGGUCGGAGGACUGGUGCUUGAUGAGCCAUCCCUCGACCGGUUAUGGCGACCCGAAGUGUGCGUCUGGUGUGGGCUUCGGUCACAUGUUCACUCUGAAUGAUGCUGGCCGCGAGACUAUCAAGAACCAAGCGCUUGCGGGCCACAAUUACCUCGGGCUUGCCGGAAUGAUGGCAUGCAUCUGCCAGAACGGAGAGACCUGCCUCGUCUGCAACGCGGACGGAUCCAUGAAGGGUGCUGGCACAGCUGAUCCGAAGACGGCUUGGCCAGCUUCAAUCCAAACCUGCAUCACCAACUGGAAGAACAACGUGAUCACCUUGUCCCAGGCCGCAGCGACUGGGCCGACGACAACCACGACGACCCUGGAUCCGACUUCAGCCCUGGGACAGUUCUGUGCUGAGACCAGUGGCCGCAGUUUCGGACCCCCUACGCCCACUGGGCCACUCAACAUGGUGCUGCUGAACAUGCUGGAGCAGAAUAUGUACAACACCAUUAUGGCAGGAUGUGCGACCAACAUGACCUGUGGGUGGUCGCCGCCGGGAACUCACCAAAUUUGCAGCUCCACCGCCUACUAUCCCGCCACGGACGCGACGGGACUUGUGACAGGGACGGCCAAAGAGGCCAUCUUGGAAAAGAUGUGCGACCCAUCGCUUCCUCUGUGGUGGAAUGCCAAGAACACCUUCAUGCCCAUUAGCUUCGAUUGCGAAGCCCGAAAGAGCAAGUACGCGCUGUCCCGCUUCUUUGCAGGCGCCAACGACCCAGAUGAUCAGGACGAGGGCAAGAAGUUCCAGACCGGCUAUGUCGAGGGCCGAAACGGAUGGUACUCCAAGGCAGCAGCGAUCGAGGCAAAGUACGAGCGCGAGCAUGGAAGCAAGCUCCGCAUCAUGCUCUUCUCAGGUGCAACCCUGGUGGCCCAGUAUCUUGGAAUUCUGCUGGUGGAUGGCUUCCUGUCAUUGGGCUCCUUGGUGUCAGUCUGGGCAUACAUGUGGCUGAUGCUGGAGAGUGUUUUCCUCGCGUCUUGUGGCAUGUUCGAGAUCAUUUUCUCCCUUCCAGUGGGAAUGUGCCUUUGGGUGCUGAUCCUGGGACAGAAGAUCUUCUGGUAUCAGAUGCUGGUGAUCUACAUGAUCCUGGGUAUCGGCGCUGACGAUGUCUUCAUCCUGUACGAUGCCUGGCUUCAGUCAGCACACACCGAGGGUGUGAGCCACAGCCGAACCACUCGAUUCUGCUGGGCCUAUCGCCGCUCUGUAGGUGCAAUGCUGGUCACCACGCUGACGACCUGUGGAUCCUUCGUGCCUUUGCUGAGUUGGCUGCUGGCUCUGGCAGUUGAGAGUGACUACGAGAACGGGCAGCGAUUUCAUCGGCGCGACCUCGCCGCUGCCUUUGGUGCAGAGCUUCUGCUGCUCGGAACGAGCAGCUCCAGUUUGUCGGGCAACAUACGAUGGAAGGCGUCCACGUCACUAGCGUACUCCUUAGCUUCUCUUUGUUCCAAGUUCUUGGUCUCUACUGAAGCCGAGAUCGGAAAGUGCUGGGAGACGUUGGCAUCACUGAUUAUGCAGGUGUAA